CAUUCACCAAAAAGCAAAUCUCAUAUAGCGCUAGAAAAUCGGAAACCUACAAAUACAGUUCCCAGAGUCCGAAAAAAAACAAAACAAAACAAAGCAAGCAACGACAACAAUGACUUUCCUUUGCAGAGCGUCGAAUCUUUAGACACCAGUAUACUUAAAAUAGAAACGAAGGAGCACACAGCAACGUCCGCGGUGACAGCAGCGACUGCGGCAGCGAAGCGCGUCAAGAGCCUAGAAUCGCUGACCACGGCAAGCGGUCACAGCUCGUGGGUGGAGCGCAAAUGGCGGCGCAUACGCAUACUGGAAGUUAGUAACCGCAGCAGACACACACUACUACACUAGUUAACAAAGAAAAUAUUUUUAUUUUAUAUUUUUUGUAAGAAUUAUGAUUUUGAUUAGCGCGUAGUUAUUAGCAGUUCUGAGCAGUCGAGUCGAAGAGUAGUGUCCGAUCUGUGCUAAAAAAUUCAAAAACGAGUUGCCACCUGCUAUGCGAUGCUGUGAAUGUAGAGGGCUUGAGUGUUGCCACCCCUUGCGUAUACGCGCAUUGUAUCUUAGCUGCGAGAUAUUCGUUGACUGAUUGAUUGUUUGAAUAUUUGGCUUUUCGUUUGUUAGUUUGUUUGUUUGGUCACUGAUAUUUUGUAAUUAUGUAAUUCUGGUAUGUAUUUAUGGUAUCUUUUUAUUUAUUUGAAAUAUAUUUUGGUCG